AGUUUGAUGACGGAUGAGUAAUGUGAGUUGCAUAAAGUUAAAGAAGGAUCGGAUUUUUAGAAGUACCAGUUAGCGCUUAGUGAUAUCAAAAAUUGCUGCACAUUCAUUGAUCUGUCAUAAUUUAAAUAUUUAGUGGAAAAUAUGCAGAUUUCACUUCUAGUAGUUAUAGCGGUAUUUUUGAUGGCCGAUUCAGCAGUUCCAAAGUUAAAAAAUUCAGGAGUUAAUUUUGAGAGGCUUCGCCUGGACCAGGACAGUGGUUUAGAUGGAAAAGUGAGAUCAGUUCGUUUUAAUUCGGGAGUAGAAAAGGACCUAGAACCAGACGAUUUAAUUCCGGGAAUUCGAGCGUUUGGUAUUCCAAGAAAUAAGCUUGAAGCUGAACCCGAAUCUGAUUUCAAAUUUUUGUUUGAAUCUCGUUUCGCUGAAGAUGUAGAGGAACCAGGACUUGGUGAUCCGCGAAGCAAACCUGCCAUUGAAGCUUACAAACCAAAAAUUAGUGGUCAUAUCGAAAGAGUUUCGAGGUCAAAAAGGUCAAUUAAAAAAAAUUCCAUCAACGAAUUUGAUGAUCUUUGGGCUGAAGAGGCCAAAGUUUUUAGACCCUUAUUCGUUUACAGACAAAAAGUUCAAAAACGAGUAAAAAACCAACAUCGCCAGAAACAUCAAAUGGAACCAGUUUCUAAAUCAAAGUAUCCUAAGAAGACGAUUCCUUAUUAUCGACACAAUUUUUAUCAUGGAUAUUAAAAUUCGACUGAUGAUAUUUUAUUUCAAUUAGAUUAUAAAAGUUAGCUCUCUUUUUCUGAAAUUUACCAAGAAGUAUUAUAAAAGAACGUUGAUCAAUUAGUAUAGAAUGUAUGUGACUAUUUUUUAAAUAAUUGCGUGAAAUGUAUUUUGUACUCUUUUUAAAUUCAUACUCAGUAUAAUUAGUUUUAAUAGACUCUUCAAAAUUUCAGAAUUCUUAUUACUCGUUGUAUUUACUCAAAAGGACUGCAGAUCAAUAAAUAUUAUUAGGAUAUUAAUACGGUAGAUAUAAUAUUUAAAAAUAUAAUGUAUUUAGGUUAAGACUGUUAUCAAAAUAUUCAAAUAAAA